AUGGCUCCCCAGGACGAGAAGCUCUGCUUCGAUCUCGACUUCCGCUACUUCCUUGCCGCCAAGGAUAUCCCCGCGCACAUCGCCUGCCUCUGGCAGUACUUCUCUCUCGCCAAGUGCCGCAAGGGUCUCGAGAGCUGGGUCGUCUCCGUUCCCGCUGCCAAGCAUGCAUCCAAUGCCAAGGGCUCUGACCGCGUCCAGCUGCUGCGCUUCGGAAUCCGCUUCACCCACAAGACAGCCACAUACGCCGACAUCGAUGAGGCUCGUGUCAUUUUGAAGGACGCCUUCAACACUGCCGCCCAGCACGUCCGCGGCAUGAGCAACGCUCCUGCCCGUGAGCGAGGCCUUCUCGAGUACAACAAGCUGCUGCGUUUGUAUGUCACUGUCAAAAAUGAUGAUUCCUGGUCCUGGGGCAACUGGGGAUUGAGCUCCUACUACUACAACGGCACAACCCCCGACGACGAUUCCGCCAUAUCCGCCAUGGAGCGCUUCAAGCAGAAGUAUCAGGAGACUGUUCCUUGCGAUGUCACCCUUGACACCUCCGCCCACACCUCCUCCGCUGCCUCGGAGCUGCUUGCCGAGACCUCCGGAGACAAAUGGCGUCUGCGAAAGCUCAUCCCAUCACUCAACCGCAGACACGAUGUUGACAUCUUCAACGAUUGGGUCCGAUGGGCCAUUGAGAACCACGCCACCAUCCUGGCGUGUGCCACCGAAGCCCACAGCAAUGCCCAGCAGGCGUCCGACUCCGUCGCCGAGGUGACCAAGUUCUCCAACCCCAAGGAGAAGCGUGCCAUCCUCAACAGAAGCAUGUGGGAGAAGUUUGCCAGCAUCUUUGACAGAGACCAUCACAACAAGUACACCGAGGCCUCGGCGAAGCUCAAUGACCAGGCAAUUUCCCUCCAGGAGGAUGCCAAGGCAAUGAAGGUCCUGUUGACUCAAGGUUGGAAACCCCUUGAUCCUACUGGAUCACGCCUACGACCGUAUCGGGUGCUAACCAUGCCAACAGUCAAUGCCCAACUUUCGCAGCACGCCAUUGCUUGCAGACUGCUCACUCUCUACGCCAACACCAAUAUUGAGCAUGAUCAACUGCUGUCUAUCUGGGAGCGUCCCGACGCGGACAAGAAGUUGCUGGUCAGCCUCCUUGGCGCCGACAUAGCGCAGAUGGAGACUCCGACCGGUCGCAUCUCUAAGUUGUGCAACGAGAUGGAAAGGUUUGAGGCGGGUCAGCGUGCGCUGCGUAAGGGAGAGACGAAGCUCGUGAAGGGCCUCAAGAAGAUGGAGGGCAAGCUCGAGCGCUUGAACAAGGACUCGGUCAAGGCCCGGAACAAGUUUGCUGCUGGCCAGCUGCGCGCGCAGAAGGGCAAGUUGUCGGGCAAGUUGGAGGAUCUGGAGAGCGACACGGACAGCGGCUACUCUUACGACGAGAAGAAGUAG